AACGGCACGUAACAGAUAUUGUCUAUGUUUAAAGGGGACAUUACUCUCGGCAAAAACCGGCAGAAUGGCGGACAGCGCGAAUUCACUUUUAUACCGAGAAAUUUAUGUGCCAAGCUCGACUGCAACAAAGUGGAAAGAAAUUUCUUUGAAUACAGGGGCCUCAGCUAGCACCUUACAGGAUAUAAAAGUUGCGGAAAGUUGUGGGGGUUACACAUACAAUGACAGUGGAUUGCCACUUUCAGUAGUCCGAAACAGAUUCAUCCACUGGAAAGCCUGUAAUGAUGUCCUUGAACUUGAAGAGGAAAGCCUUGAUCUUGACCUGUAUGGAUCAAAGGUCAAGUUCCAUUUCCAGGAUACAGCAAUUCUUGGUGGAGUAUCCAUACAUGAAUCUCAUGGAUAUGUUAUUGUACUGGUGCCUACAGUAGCGAGUGUUCACAGGCUUAUCUUUCCUCAUCCAAACAAACUUCAUAAAGGAGAUUUACAGUAUAUACCUUCUGACCAUCCACUACCUUCUAUAUUCUAUGAUGCUUCCAUAGCAAAAUGUAUGGAUACAAGGAACUCACAUAUGUUAAACCCUGGAGGGACGAUAACUUCUCAUUUCACUGCAGCAGCAUCUUAUUACACACAGGAUGGCGAAGCCUUGUUUGCUCUAGCUAAUAGUAUAGGAAAUAUACUUCUUGUAAAGAUGCCACCGCUUGAUAUACAAGGUAUUGUACAACAGUUUGAGUUGUGUCAGACAUCAGUGAUGCAGAAACUGUGGACAGGCUUGGUUCCUUCAGUUAUGAGGAGUGGUCAGGAACCUCAACAUACUGUAUGUAGCCUGGUAAUACAGGCUGUCAGGAAUGAGGCGUGUAUAUUUGCCGUCUGUAAAGAUCACAGGCUUCGAGUCUGGUCCUGUAAGACGCAUGAAUGUAUGGUAAUUACAAAUCUCCUCGACUUCGCAACUGAUGUUGGCCAUGCUGCAUCUUUGUCUCCUGCAGGAUCUGGACAUACAAUACGUAAACUGAUCAGUACAAAUAUGGCUGAUGUCAAGCUUGGUGUUCAUCUUAACUUUACAAACUCUAAUCAGUUUUGUAUCCUGCAACCACAGGUCUCUUCCAGUAGGCUACAGAUAAGCCAUCGGGCAUCUGUGUUUGGUCCAGAGGAUGAUUUGAUUGACUUUUGUAUGAGCAGUACAACACUAGUUACAUUGUGGACAAGUUCAGAGGGAACACCUGUUGUUAGAACUCUAACAUUUGGUGAUGAAGGUCCAGGCCCAUGGAUGGAAGUGUUGUUACAGCCGGCUGAGGUUGCAGAUUUGAACAUACCACCACAUAGAGAUCCUCGAGAGGUGUAUCUAGAGAGGUUGUUUCAACCUGGUCGCUUUAGUAAACAAGACAUUAGGAGAGCUCUUAGUUUGCAGGUAUACAGUCAAGCUCUGGAUCCAAAUGUAACUGGAGAAAUGGCACUUGGUGUAAAUACAUUGAAACAAGAUGUCACUAUUGCUGUGGAAACUGAGGUUGGUGGAAAACUGAAAGGAUUAUUUGCUGAUGGUGUGACAGGACUUAUUGGUCUUGUGAGAAAGGGUUGUGUGACGUACCUACGACCAUGUGACCAGGUGGAGGAGUUGUAUUGUUCUAGUGAAGACUUAGAGAACUCAGAAAUUCUUGCUGACAUAUGCAGAACAGAUGAUGAACAGACAAAAAGAGAUGUUAGUAUUGUAUUUGAAACUUUACAUUCUAUCAGCCUGGAAAUUUCUGAUGAUCUAGGAAUGCAAUUCGAACAGGAACUCUCAACCAGUCAGAAUCUUGAAAUGGUUGCUGGGCAACUAGUUGAACAUGUGAUUUUAAAUCAUGAUAUGGAGAAUGCUCUAUCAGAGGGGUUGUCUGUAGCUGGUAACAUGAGAUUGAUCAAUGACUUUACUGGAGCUGUAAAUAUUAUCUUGAAAUUUUUGGAUCUCUCACCCAAUAUUGAUGAUGACCAAGCUAUGGAAAGUGAUGAUAUUAACAUGACACGUCAUUUGAACCUUAACAAAUUAUUUACAAGCAAGGUUGGCUGUGACAUACUGACAUUGUGUGUAGAACAAUUCUCCCUGACAAGAUUCCAGUUAUUACGAGAUCUGUAUCUUCUUCUACUUGCUGCUUUGAGAAUAGGAAAUCAGGCUAAUAUAGAUACACAGUCAGUAGCAACCAUACAGAAUGACUUGUUACCAUAUACUGCAAACCUGCUCAGAUCUUACCUUGUUGUCAAGUGGGCAGCUCAAACCCUGGCUGUAUCAACUCAGGCUAACUCAUUGGAAUCAAAUAUCAGACAGUUAUCAUCUCUGGAUAUCUCAGAGUCAAUGAUUGGAGGACAGAAUGUUGGUCCUGCCCUUAUACAGAAGAUAGAGCAUAGUGGUGCCAGUCUAAUGGAACUAUUUAUACAUGGACCUGGAGGAGACAAAAUGAGGACCAGUCUGUCAACUACAUCAUUUCUAGAUGAAGAUUCUGGUGCAUUAUGGUCCUCUGGUCUACUGAAGAUUGUCAAAUGUAUCGCUUCACUAAUCUGGCCUCUGAGUGAGCAGUUUGUAUUUGCGGAGUUUUUGGCUAGUCAUUGUCAGUAUCUACCACUACAGGACUAUAACAAUCUACUACAACAUUGGUGUGAGUUUAACUGUGCCUCAAGAUGCUUCAUGCAGGCACUCUGUUAUCUACACUUCGAUGAGCCAGUGAAAGCAGCACAUUGUUUUAAUACAGCUAGAGAGGGAUUACCUAAUGAAAGUUUCCUUAGAGACAGAUUGUUACAGUCCGAGGAGACACAAGUUAGAAAACUAGAAGUCCUGUUUUAUCUCAAGGUUAUUCGACAAUUUGAAGAGAUAUCUGCCCCUGAUGUGGUUAUCUCCCUUGCUAAUGAAGCUAUUAGUGUGGCGGAUGAGGAUGAUCCAAAUUUGCCGACAUUAUGGUCGAAAGUUUUCAAGUACCAACUAGAGCUCGGGCACAAUUCUGAAGCAUACAAGGCCAUGAUAGAGAACCCUGAUCCGAGUAGACGUAAAGAUUGUCUACGUCAACUUCUCAUUAGUCUGUGUGACCGCGGGGAUCUACAAUCUCUGGUUGACUUCCCGUACAUAGAUCUAGAAGAUGAGGUAGAGAAUAUACUCGAAAGUAGGGCACGCUGUAUGGAUCUUACAACACACAACUACUAUGAUCUACUAUAUGCAUUUCAUAUCUUUAGAAACAACUACAGAAAAGCUGGUAGUGUAAUGUAUGAGCAUGGUAUGAGACUAGGGCGGGAAGUACCCGGGAAGGCGGGCCUACAGAGACAAGCUCAGUGUUACCUUGCUGCACUUAAUGCACUUAGACUUGUUAAACCGGAGUACUCCUGGAUUAUUAAACCAAUGCUAGCCACUAAAGCUAAUAUGGCAGCAGGAGAUUAUAUGAGGUCACCUACCAGUAAACAUGAUCUGGAGGGAGAGGAGGUGGUUAAUUCAGCAUCAAACUUUGAGAUCCUCGAAUUACACGAUAUAGAGAAGGAAUUUAUGUUAGUGGACGCUCGUCUACGUCUCCUAGUCAAAGACAAUGAUCCUUCCCUAUCUGCAGGUGGUACACCAGGGGCUGAUGAGAUGGUUGGGUUGUUGGUGAAAUCUGGAAUGUAUGACAGGGCUGUCAUUGUAUCAAGAGCCUUUGAUUUGCCACUCAAUCCUAUAUUUGAAAGUUUGACUCUCAGAUGUAUUAACCUAACAAAGAACAGUUCCUAUCAUAUGAGAGGAGACAAUGAUUAUACCUCCCAGGCCUGGGAAUGGCUGAAAAUGAACAAUCUUACACUCACAAAUAUUGCCAAGGAAAACAGUUCAGCAGACGAGGCAUGGCAGUUGUUACAGCAAUAUUUAGACAGGUACGAAGACAGGACAGCACAAUAUCAUCGUUGUACAGCUACCAAAUUACUCACACAUGGCUUUACUUUACCUACAUGGCUGGUCAUCUCAUACAAGGGAUUGAAUUCCGCCAAGUUGUUACGUCUGUAUAUAGAAUAUGACCUUCUAGAAGAAGCUGUCAGUCUUUGUGUAGAAUAUAUGGACUCUGUUAUUGAAACAUUUAGUGGUCAUGACAGUAAAUUAUUCCAGUUAAAGGGUUGUUUACAGCAUCAACCACAGACUGUAUGGUUACCAUAUACAAGUAUAGAUAUGUUGAGAAAAUCAUUACAUGAACAUCGACAAGAAAGACACCUUGGAGAGCUUUAUCAAAUGUUAGAGGAAAGAUUACAGCGGUAUAUGAGAAGAUUGAAGGAAUCAUCAGAUCAAGUUUGUCAACCUACUGGGCAGCCAUUUUAUGUCACAUGAUCAAAUUUGUGGUCACAUGAUACCAGAUAUGUGACAAAAUUUCAUUAGCAUUUUUUUUACAGAUGAUAGAAACAUUCAUUCAGGGAAAUAAAAAUAAAAAACAGGAAAAUCAAAUGCAUGUUAAAAAUUGACAGAUAUACAACAAAUAAGUUUUUUAAUUCUGCAGGAUGAAAUGAUCUCUAUAUAUAAUUAUGUCAAUAGUAAUAUGAAUUACUAAAUAGAUAUAAAAAGUGCAAUUGUUUUUUCGUAAUCAUAUUGUUAGGUUUUUUAAUUCUAAACUUUAAUCCUACACAACCAAUGUUGAAUUAAAAUGUAUUUUAUGCUCAUUUUUUCAUUGUCAAAGUGUGCUGAAUUGACUUUAUAUUUAAAAAAAAACUGACUGUUAAAAUAGUGAUUGACCAACAAUUGUUAUUAGGAAAUGAUUAGGAUCUGCCUAAAAUACAAAAAGAGUGACCCUUUUAAUUUUUUGAAUGUAAUAGGUAAAUUCCUAUGGGUAUGUAGGACAUCUGAGUUAUUUAUCAUUCAUGCGAAGUAAAUUAAAGAAUUGAAAGGAGUUAUGUCAGAAUGUAAACUUUGUUCGACUUUCACCCUUUUCAGUCACUAUAUAUCUUUGGAUGGGUAAUGUUUUGUUAUUGUGGAAAAUAUUGCUGUAAUUAUUAUAUUGCAGUAAGUAUCAAUAACUGAAGUAGUUAAAUGGAGAAUAAUACAGUAUGAGUUCAGUAACAUAAAUAUUUUUAAUACUGAAAUUUCUGUUAAUUGAUUGACCCUUAAUUGUUUUCUAAGGGACCAGUUUAUUUUUAAACUGUUAAGUAUUAGACUAUCUUCUCAACUACAAGAUAAAUAAAAUGUAAUUAUCAUUCUUAGUUUUUAAGGUUAAA